GAUGGCAGUUGGCAACUUGAUUUCCCUGUACGACUACCACUUUUCUCCAUAGAGAAGGUUAUCCCUCAAUUGGAAAAAUUGUCACUAUCAAGACAUGACAUUGCAGUGAUAUGUGAACACCAAUUUAAAGGAGACCUCUUUUUCAAUGUCAAAGUUCUUAAAAUUCACGGUUAUCUUGAUAAUGAAUCAGAUGUUGUACCCCUCAGAUUACUUCAAAGAUUUUGCCAUCUAGAAGAGCUUGUCGUGGAGCUUUGUAAUUUCAAAGAACUGUUCCCUUCAAAAGGAGAAGUUGAAGAACAAGAGAAACACAUUGAAAUUGAGACACUCUCAAGGAUUAAAACAUUAAAUCUAAAGCGCCUUCCAUAUCUCAGGCGUAUGUGGAGCUGUGACUCGUCAAUUGUUCUUCAAAAUUUUGAAACUCUUCAAGUUUUUAGGUGUGAGAGUUUGAUUAGCUUGUCAACAUCACCUGCCUUUUUCCAGAAUCUCGUAACUUUGAAUAUAGCCUCGUGUGGAGCAAUGGUAAACUUGGUUUCCAUCUCAAUAGUCCAAAGUCUGAUGCAGUUAGAAAGAAUGAUUGUAUCAACGUGCUACAUGCUGACAAAAAUAGUUGAAAAUGAAGUAAAUGGAAUGCAAGAUUUGAUCAUAAUCACUUUUACUAAAUUAAGAUUUUUGGAACUUAAAUGGUUGCCAAGAUUAGAAAGCUUUUGUUCAGGGAAUUUCACCUUCAAAUUUCCAUCUUUGGAAGAGUUAAUUGUGAUUCAAUGCCCCAAAUUAAUGAUCUUCAAUGAGGGUGACCUAAGCACACCACUACUGCAGAGAGUAGAAUUAAUUGAAGGAGGUGACAAGUGGCGUUGGGAAGGUGACCUUAAUACCACUAUACAAAGAAUGUAUAUGGAAGAGGUUGGAUUUGCUGGGUUACAACUUUUGAUGCUAUCAAAUUUUCCCAAGUUAUUGGAAACAUGGCGUGUCGAGAAUCCUCAAGAAUUCUUAGAUUUUAGACGACUUGGGGUGCUGGAAAUUUGUGAUUGUAGCAAGUUCAGGUACCUAUUAACGGAUUCAAUGGCCUUGGGCCUCGUGCGACUUGUGCAAUUAAUAGUAAAAAAUUGUGGAACAAUGGAACAAGUGAUAAUGGGAGAAGGAGCAAAAUAUAGAAUGGAAUUCCCACAUCUUUGGUUGAUCAAUCUAGAGUCUUGCUCAGAUUUGACAAGUUUCUAUAUGGGAAGUCAUAGUCUUGAGCUUCCAAGUUUAUAUGAUUUUAUUGUAAAAGACUGUCCAAAAAUGGUCACAUUUGUUGCGUCUGCAUCCUCCAAAGAGCACAACAAAGAGGAAUCCCAAUACCUCUUUAGCAGCAAGGUAGAGACUCCUAGCUUGGAGUUUUUGAGUUUAUCUUCAAAUAACAUUCAACGAAUUUUGGACAAUUUGAUUCUAGAAAUCUCUUCUUAUGUCCAAAAUUUAAGAAAGUUGUGUGUGGAGGGUUGUGGUAAUUUGGAAUAUCUAUUGACAUCCUCCAUGGUUAAGAGUUUUGAGCAAUUGAAUUGGCUCAAGAUUUGUGAUUGUAAUAUGAUGGAAGAGGUAAUACUUGUAGAAGAAUCAAUGGAUGAGGAAAAGAUGUGCAAGAUUUUCUUCCCUAACCUGGAGUUCCUAUUGCUCCAAGACCUUCCAAAACUCACAAGAUUUUGUUUUGGAAAUUACUUGGAAUUACCAUGCCUUUGGAAACUUAAGAUAAGCAAGUGCCCUAUGCUGAAGACUUUCAUCUCUAGCUCUUUUUUUGGAGACAUGAUAGUUAGUUCUGAAAAUGUCAACAACAGUUGUGCACUUUCUCUCUUUGACGCAAAGGUGGCAUUCCCCAAAUUAGAGCAUUUGGUAAUUGAACAUGUGAAGAGCUUGAAUAAGAUAUGGAAAGACCAGCUCAAAGUAGAUUCUUUUUGCCAACUAACUUUGGUGAGUGUUGUUUCAUGUGAAAAGUUAUUGAAUAUUUUCCCACUUAGUAUGUUGGAAAAGCUUCAAAGACUAGAUAAGCUCCAAAUAUGGAACUGUGAUUCACUUGAAGAGAUCCUUGAGUCUUAUGAACCUGCUGUUAGCCAAUCACAAACUCAAAAUGCCACUCCACUACCUUUGUUGGAAACUGUCACAUGCUUGGAGGAUGAUGUGAAGGAGGAGAUUGUCUUUAGCAAACUCAAGUAUUUGCAACUUUGUGGUCUGCCUAGACUUUCAAGCUUUUGCUCGGUUAAAUGCAAGUUUGAGUUCUCACUUUUGGAAAAGGUGAUUUUGAUGGAUUGUCCAAGUAUGCAGACUUUCUCCAUGGAUGAAAUAAGAACGCCAAAACUACAGAAAGUAAAAUUGACUAGAGAUGAAGAUGAAGGCUUUUGGGAUGGCAACCUAAACUCGACCAUACAACUACAGUUCAUACAAAAGAGUCAAGGUGAUUCUGAAAAUUGAGAUCAAAGAAAUUGUGGCUUAUGUCCUUUCCAAGUGAAAUUUGAUGGUGAGUUGGUCUUAUGCUUCCAUCAUCUCUACACUUGUUUGAUAAAGGUACAUCUCUUGUAAACAUGCAUGGAGGUAUAUUGAGGCUGCUUGCUUAGUUCUUUGCAGGUUUGAAUGGUGUACGCAUAAGUUGGGUGUUGUCACAUUGCUUAGUGGCAAGAAUGUUACCUCACUAACUAAAAUUGAUCCCUUUUUUCUACAAGAAAAAAAAAAAGAGGAAAAAAAAAAAAGACAGAUCUUUUAUAUUUCUCAAACUCAUGUGCAACUUGUAAUAUGUAUUAUUAAAUUCAUGCAAAGACUUUAAAUUCAUGGGUUGUUUUAUAGUAAUAAAGAGAGAAAUAUCCU